UGAGGCUGGUGCAAACUUUAUAAACAUAUCAAUGUCAAGCAUUACGUCAAAGUGGUUCGGUGAAGGAGAGAAGUAUGUCAAAGCAGUCUUCACGUUAGCUAGUAAAAUAGCGUCUAGUGUUGUUUUUGUUGACGAGGUGGAUAGCAUGUUAGGAAGACGAGAAAAUCCAGGAGAGCAUGAAGCUAUGCGAAAAAUGAGGAAUGAAUUCAUGGUAAAUUGGGAUGGUUUGCUUACAAAAGAUAAGGAACGAGUGCUUGUGCUUGCUGCAACAAAUAGACCCUUCUACCUUGAUGAAGCAGUUAUUAGGAGGCUUCCGUGCAGGUUGAUGGUAAACGUGCCAGAUGCUCCAAACAGAAAGAAAAUUUUAAGAGUGAUAUUGGCGAAGGAAGAAUUAGCGCCAAAUGUAGAUGUAGAAGCUAUUACUAAUAUGACGGAAGGGUACUCAGGGAGUGAUUUAAAGAAUUUAUGUGUGACAGCUGCGCAUUGCCCGAUUAGAGAAAUUUUGGAGAAAGAGAAGAAGGAGAAAGCAUCGGCAGUUGCAGAGAACAGGCCAACUCCGGCGUUGCGUAGUAGUGCAGGCAUCUGUCCACUUAACAUGGAUGAUUUUAAGCAUGCACAAGAACAGGUACACAAUUGCACGUACUGUGGUUAAUCUGAUUUUUGUGCCAUGCAUUCUACUUUCUCUGCAGAGUAUUUGGGGUUCAGGAGAAAUGUUAGUAGGCUUUAUUUACUGCCAAGAAAAGUUUUUAGUAGGCUUUAUUUACUGCCAAGAAAAGUUUGGGACUUUCUCAUGGAUCUUUCUGAUAUCACACUGUUGCAGAUUUUCUAAUCAAAUUCUCUUUUGAAAAUAAACAACUAAUCCGCCUUAGAUACACUUUCAAGAUCGAAUUUCUAGUUUGUAGUUCGUACCCAGGCACAAAUCCACUUGCCAACUGAUCUGAGUUUGAAUUGGUGAACUAACGAUCUACAAUAAGGAGGCAGCUCCAGGAAGGUAGCUCUUUCAUCCAGUUCCUUCAGUGGACUUGGGCUCCAAAUCCACAUCCACUUCACAACAAAGAAAGAGAAUGCAGGGAUCAUAGAGGAAGGAAUCGAACAUCUCU